CACAGCUCCUCCCACCAGCUGUCUCUCAACUUUGUAUAUUUCACACCAUCAGCCACUGCCUUCCUUCCUCCAUUCCCUCUUUUCAUCAUGGCUGCUUCGACAAUGGCUCUCUCAUCUCCCUCCUUAGCCGGAAAGGCUGUGAAGCUCAGCCCAUCCACCUCUGAGCUUCUGGGAGAAGGGAGAGUCACCAUGAGGAAGACCUCACCCAAGCCCAUCUCAUCAGGCAGCCCCUGGUACGGCCCUGACCGUGUCAAGUACUUGGGCCCCUUCUCCGGUGAGCCUCCAUCCUACCUUACCGGUGAAUUCCCCGGUGACUAUGGUUGGGACACAGCUGGGCUCUCCGCUGACCCCGAGACCUUCGAGAAGAACCGUGAGCUUGAGGUCAUCCACAGCAGAUGGGCUAUGCUUGGAGCCCUUGGUUGUGUCUUCCCUGAACUGCUAGCCCGCAAUGGCGUGAAAUUUGGAGAGGCUGUGUGGUUCAAGGCUGGUGCACAGAUCUUCUCCGACGGUGGAUUGGACUAUUUGGGUAACCCAAGCUUGAUCCAUGCACAAAGCAUUCUAGCCAUCUGGGCUACACAGGUUAUCUUGAUGGGUGCUGUUGAGGGCUACAGGGUUGCCGGUGGGCCGCUAGGUGAGAUCACAGACCCACUCUACCCUGGUGGCAGCUUCGACCCACUUGGUCUGGCUGAUGAUCCUGAGGCUUUUGCUGAAUUGAAGGUGAAGGAGAUCAAGAAUGGGAGGUUGGCCAUGUUUUCAAUGUUUGGGUUCUUCGUUCAGGCCAUAGUGACAGGCAAGGGACCUUUGGAGAACCUGGCUGACCACCUUGCUGACCCCGUUAACAACAAUGCUUGGGCCUAUGCCACAAACUUUGUCCCUGGCAAGUGAGGGAGAGAGAGAGUAAAGAAGAACAAUUUCUUCAACAAUUGAUGCAACCCUGUAGAAAAAUUGAUGCAAACUUGUGGAAAAAUGGGAAUCUUGUUUAAAAGUGGAGUGGAGAUUCUCUAAUUUCUUUUGUUUCAUCAAUAGUCUCUUACAAGCAAUUGAUCUCUUCCGUUUUUGUGCUUUGCCGUAAUUCAAUAAAGCCCUUGUGGUGGAUGUUUUACUGUUAA